AUGGAUGUCAUUACCACCUUCAACAUCACUACUACCACGACUGUUCCACUGGAUCAGUCCUUGAAGGCUCCUCACCAGCCAGCUCAGCCGUUUAAAUUCACCAUUUCAGAAUCCUGCGAUCGGAUUAAGGAGGAGUUUCAGUUUUUGCAGGCUCAGUACCACAGUUUAAAGCUAGAAUGUGAAAAACUGGCCAGUGAGAAGACAGAGAUGCAGCGACAUUAUGUCAUGUAUUACGAGAUGUCCUAUGGGCUGAAUAUAGAGAUGCAUAAACAGGCAGAAAUUGUCAAGAGGCUGAAUGCUAUAUGUGCACAAGUCAUUCCCUUCCUGUCCCAAGAGCACCAGCAACAAGUGGUGCAGGCUGUGGAGCGUGCCAAACAAGUGACCAUGGCAGAGCUGAACGCAAUCAUUGGGCAGCAACAACUCCAGGCCCAGCACUUGUCACAUGGACAUGGUCUUCCCGUGCCGCUCACUCCGCACCCCUCAGGCUUGCAGCCUCCAGCCAUCCCACCCAUUGGCAGCAGUGCUGGUCUCCUGGCACUCUCCAGUGCACUGGGGGGGCAGUCCCACCUCCCAAUUAAAGACGAGAAGAAGCACCAUGAUAACGAUCACCAAAGAGACAGAGACUCCAUCAAGAGCUCUUCCGUGUCUCCCUCAGCCAGUUUCAGGACAGCAGAAAAGCACAGAAAUUCAACAGAUUAUUCUUCAGAGAGUAAAAAACAGAAAACAGAAGAGAAGGAAAUAGCAGCUCGUUAUGACAGCGAUGGUGAAAAGAGCGAUGACAACUUGGUAGUUGAUGUUUCCAAUGAGGAUCCUUCUUCUCCCCGUGGGAGCCCAGCACACUCUCCACGGGAAAAUGGCUUGGACAAGACUCGACUGCUGAAAAAAGAUGCACCAAUUAGUCCAGCCUCUAUUGCAUCCUCUAGCAGUACUCCUUCCUCCAAAUCCAAAGAACUUAGCCUUAAUGAGAAAUCUACCACUCCUGUGUCUAAAUCAAAUACCCCAACUCCACGGACUGAUGCCCCAACUCCAGGCAGCAACUCCACUCCCGGACUGCGGCCAGUGCCCGGCAAACCCCCAGGUGUGGACCCAAUAGCUUCAGGUUUAAGGACACCUAUGGCAGUACCGUGUCCUUAUCCUACUCCAUUUGGUAUUGUGCCACAUGCUGGUAUGAACGGGGAGCUCACCAGCCCUGGAGCUGCCUAUGCUGGUCUACACAAUAUUUCCCCUCAGAUGAGCGCAGCAGCUGCAGCAGCAGCGGCGGCGGCAGCCUACGGGCGAUCUCCAGUGGUUGGUUUUGAUCCACAUCAUCACAUGCGAGUCCCAGGCAUCCCUCCUAAUCUCACAGGCAUCCCAGGAGGAAAACCAGCAUACUCAUUUCAUGUAAGUGCAGAUGGUCAGAUGCAGCCAGUUCCUUUCCCCCAUGCCCGUCAGAUCAACACCCUGAACCACGGGGAAGUUGUGUGUGCAGUUACCAUCAGCAACCCCACCAGACACGUCUACACGGGUGGGAAGGGCUGUGUCAAGGUCUGGGACAUCAGCCACCCUGGCAACAAGAGCCCUGUCUCCCAGCUGGACUGCCUGAACAGAGACAACUACAUCCGUUCCUGCAGAUUGCUCCCUGACGGCCGCACCCUGAUUGUUGGUGGGGAAGCCAGCACAUUAUCCAUUUGGGACCUGGCAGCUCCAACUCCUCGCAUCAAAGCAGAGCUGACAUCUUCUGCUCCAGCUUGCUAUGCCCUAGCUAUCAGCCCUGAUUCCAAGGUCUGCUUCUCUUGCUGUAGCGAUGGCAACAUUGCAGUGUGGGAUCUGCAUAACCAGACUUUAGUAAGGCAAUUCCAGGGCCACACAGAUGGAGCAAGCUGUAUUGACAUUUCUAAUGAUGGCACUAAAUUAUGGACAGGAGGUCUGGACAAUACAGUCAGAUCCUGGGAUCUCAGAGAAGGGAGACAGCUACAGCAACAUGACUUCACAUCACAGAUCUUCUCACUGGGCUAUUGUCCAACUGGUGAGUGGUUGGCAGUAGGAAUGGAGAACAGCAAUGUCGAGGUGCUGCAUGUUACUAAGCCAGACAAGUAUCAGCUGCAUCUUCAUGAGAGCUGUGUGCUGUCACUCAAGUUUGCUCACUGUGGCAAAUGGUUUGUAAGCACUGGAAAAGAUAAUCUUCUUAAUGCUUGGAGAACACCUUAUGGAGCCAGUAUAUUCCAGUCCAAAGAAUCCUCAUCUGUGCUUAGCUGUGAUAUCUCUGUGGAUGACAAAUACAUUGUCACUGGCUCUGGGGACAAGAAAGCUACAGUCUAUGAAGUUAUUUAUUAGAGACAAAUCUGAAUGCAGACAGAACUCCUUCUCCUAGCACUUUGCUGUAUAUUCUUUUUUUUUUUUUUUUUUUUUUCUUUCUAAACUGAAAACUUAAAUGCUCAUCACAGUUGUAGAAUUUACUUUUACCUUCUUAACUUGCUAUUGAUUUGUGAAUGUUCAUUAAGAACUCGUGAUACCAAAUUGUCAGAUAUCUACUUGGAAGAAGAUGGAAAAAGCAUACUUAAUGGUGACCUUGACUCUUUAAUUAUAUAUUAUAGCUGUAAUGUAUUUAUUUUGUUUAAAGAAGGCUUUCUAACAAUGAACUAACUAAAUAAAGCUGUCUGGCCCGGCUUUAGUUUGCAAGAUGCAUCAUAUACUUGUGUUUUUGCAGGUGGAUAAAUUGGGGAUCUUGGAGAAGGAUGUUCAGGAGAUAGUUAAAAUUACACUAAAUAGACUUGUAGUUUCUAUUUAAAAAAAUAAACUUUGUUAUAUUUUUUAGUCCUGUUCUUGGAUGAGACCUCUAAGUGUUAUUACAGUAUAAUUAUUUGGUGGGAAGAUGCUGUAUCUUAACUAUUUUAGACAGUCUUGGAAACUUAGGAAAUUGCAAACCGUAGCCAGUGAUCUACAUGCCUGUGAUGAAUGGCAAAUUCAGUUCACAUCUAAAUUAAAUUCACUUUAAGUAAGAAUGUGCUAAUUUAUAUAUUUGCAAUGUUAAUAUAGCAUCUUGUGUACAGAUUUGUUCUCAAUGCUUUUCUGUUGAUAAACAUAAAGCAUUUUGGUGUCAAGCUAGGUUUUUUAAUAUAAACACCUCUCUUUGUUAUAUUGUAGAGAGUACAAUAAGUUGCCUCAAAGAAUCACCUUUGUUACUUCUGGAAACUUUUGCAAUGUUUCCUUGAAAAUGGGGAUAUGUGUCUUUAGGCAAUUUUUCAAUUACAAGAGAUUAUGAAAAAUAUUUGAUAUGUUCUUUGGAAACUGCACUGAAAUAAGAAUGGAUGCCUACCAAUAUACAAACUACAAAAGCAAUGACCUCUGAGGUAGGAUGUAAAAGAGUACUCAUUCCGACAUACAAAAAGGAAUGGAUUCUCAUUGGGAUAAGGACUUGCUUUGUUCGCCAGCAGUUCAAUCCAAGUCUUGGUUGGAUGUCCCUAAAACGGACGCAGACUGAGCCAUUGUGCCAGAGACAACGUGUUAUCUUUUUAUGUUGUUGUUGUUGCUGUUAAACUAUGAUCUGUGACUUUUUUUUUUUUGAAUGCUUUAAAAAAAAAAUCUUUAAGUCUGUGGAUCUGCUGAUGUACAGUGCCUUUGCUGCUAUGGAUCAAAAUCAAGAGACCCGUGUAGAUAAAUCUUAUUGUAUAAGUAGAAAAUUACUUAAUUUCAUACUAGAAAUGGAUUGAUGCUGCAAGUUAAAAUGGACUGUUUAUUGAAGUUCCAAAUGUGGUAGCAAAAAAAUGGUGUCUUAAGUGCUUAGUGUUUGAUGUCAUUAACAGUUUCGUAAUACUCUACAUUGUAGAAAGAUUUUGAUACUAAACUGUGUCAUUGUACAUAGUUCUAAUGCAUUGUAUUGACCACCAGUACUUCUAUAAUGGUAGAUUAUUGUUUGUGCAUUCAGACUUUUAAGCAUUAAACAUAAGUAACUUCUAA